CAAACACAGACUCUCUCUUGAGAGAGGAGAUGAAUUGUGGACAAAGAACGUGGGAUCCAACUGGGUGUGGCAUUUGGGUUUUAGUCAACCACUACAGACCAUCUCAUCUAUACCAAACAACAGUGAUGGCAUCCACUCGAGACACUAGGCCACCACCACUCUCCCACCCACCCUAAACCUAACCUACUUUCCUCCUCCUCCUCCUCCUCCACCAUCUACUUCCUUCCUGCUCGAUCCAUAUAACCCACAAACUCUUCCCUUAUUAUCCGGAGUUCCGGAGGAGGAGGAAGAUACUAUUCAUUCUUUCCGCUUACCGCACGCCUCCCGCCUGUUUAUCUCCGGCGGGGGACCGCUUGUAUUCAUCGAGGGCGGUUCCUUAUUUCUAACGUGGUUCGCCUGACCGUGAUCACUGCUACUUCAACUCCCUUCACCCAGAGACAGCAGUUUGGGUUAUGUCGUCCACCACUGACGCAGCAGCUGAAGCCGCAAUCGACGUUUUGGCGGUAAUGGAAGAGAAGCCUUGCCGGAAAUUCCCCGCGCCCUGUUGGACGCAAGAGGAGACCUUAGCCCUGAUCGAGGCGUACAGGGAGAGGUGGUACGCGCUCCGACGCGGAUACCUCCGUACGGCGGACUGGGACUCGGUGGCGGAGGCGGUGUUCAACCGCUGUCCAGAUGCGUCUCCGGCGAAGACUUCCGCUCAGUGCCGGCACAAAAUGGAGAAGCUCCGGCAGCGUUACCGUGCCGAGAAGCAGCGUUCCCUCUCAUACCCUGCCGGGAGCUUCUUCUCCAAUUGGUUCUUCUUCGAGAAUAUGGAUGCCAUGGAAAACGGAACUCAGGUUUCAGCUGCUGCUAGAUCCAACCCAGAUCAGGACGAACACCACAUGGCUCAGGGCUUCGGUUUAAAAACCUUGAUCGAUCAGAACUUGGUGAAACUAAAGCUCAACAAUCCGAUGGAGGAUUCAAACCCGAAUAAUUAUGCCUCUCGAGUCCCAAAUGGUUACGGGUCGCAUUUGGAUGUUGCAAGCAGCAAGAAGCAGCAUGUUGAAGCUGCUGCUGCUCUUCCUUUAGAAAAGGCAUUCCCCAUCAAAACCCGAGUCAAUGCGAUUCCACUCCCUGUUGGAUUCAAACCAAAGAGAAGCGAUUUCAAUAAUUGUGAGAUGAAGAAUGGUUUUGAUAGAGGAGGAGGAGGGCGUCAUCUGAAUUUGACAGAGUAUGAGGACAGAAUUGAUCCAAGUGAGGAAUAUCUGAUGAGGUUGUUGGAACAAAGAAAUUCAGGCCAUGUUAGUAGGGGAAAUUUGAGGUUUCAGAGAUCAGCAGCGGGCACAGGCGGGGGAGUGAAACGGGAGAGGGAAUCGAGGAGCAAUAGUGAUCAGAUAGCUUCAUCGAUCCGGUUCUUGGCGGAAGGAUUCAUCAAGAUAGAGAACAUGAAAAUGGAGAUGGCAAAGGAGAUGGAGCGGAUGAGGAUGGAAAGAGAGAUGAAGCAGAGUGAGAUGAUACUUGAAUCCCAGAAGCAGAUGCUGGAUGUUUUUGGGAAGGUGUUGCAUGAGAUUAACAACAACAAAAAAGCCAGGACGUCAUCCCCUCCCCCUCGUGGAGAAGAAUCAUAGAUGCCUUUAUGAAUCUUAGUAACUAGCCAACUGGUAUUUUUAGUAACAACUUAUUACAGAGGGAGGGAGUAUAUGAAUGAAUGAAUUGAGUUUUAGGUGUGCGUAUCAUGAGUUUAGUAGCCAUGACAGCCCCCUGGGCAUGUAACAUAUAGUAUAAAGAUGGUUGUUUUGUUUAUUUGUGUGGUGAUUCCCAGCAGCAACAGCAGCAGGCUCAUUCGUUGUGUGCUCGAGCUUUCUUUGGAUUUGAUUUCUUUGUGUAUAUAUUGCACGCAUCUUGAAUAUUCUAUGAUUUCUAUCUCAUCUUUCAACUGUUGUUAA